UUUAAUGCCGAUGCCGAUAUAGAAAUUGAAGAUCCUGUCGAGCGGAUGUUGAAAAAGACCGGUUGCAUAGAGUUACAUUACCAAGUUCAAGAAUGUAUAGCAGAGUAUCGAGAUUGGAGAAAAUGCCAAGAUAAAGUAAAAAAGUUUAAGGACUGUAUGGCCGAACAUAUAAAGCAACAAGACUCGAAACUUAAGUAAUUGUUGUCUGAUUUUAGAAAUGUUGUUGAUAGGUAGAUAUAUUAGAUUUUUAUUAUCUUCUGCUUGGGAUGGAAAAAAUUGUAAAAUGGUAAUAGCGGUCCGGUCAGAUAUACGUAUGGGAAAAGGCAAAAUUGGUGCUCAGUGUGCUCAUGCUGCGCUAGAAUGCUGUCGCCAAACUUUAAAUAAUGAAAAGAAACAACAAAUGUUUCAUUCCUGGUUACAAAUUGGACAACCUAAAAUUGUUGUUGCAAUACCAAACGAAGAAGAAUUAUUAAUUUUAGCAGAUAAAGCUGAACAUGCUGGUUUAAUUACUGCCAUAAUAAAAGAUGCUGGUAAAACUCAAUUAAAACCUGGUACAAUUACAGUUUUAGGUAUAGGACCAGGUUCCAAUGAAGUUAUUGAUAGCCUUACGUCAAAAUUAAGAUUAUUAUAAAUUUAUAUUAAACAUUAAUGUAGAAAUGCAAUAUACACAAAAAUUAAAAUUGUCUGUUUUUUAACAUUAAAAUAUAUUAUUAAAUUUGAAAUAAAUAAACAGUAUGGAACAAAUAAAAGUAUGAUUGAAAAAAGUGACGUAUAAUUAGAAGUUUUUAGUGAAAUACAUUUUAGGAAAAAAAGAAUCUGCCUUUUCAUACAAAAUAAAAAUUUAAAAAUUA